AACCAACAAUACAACAGUGUAUUCUCCUUUUCUCUCUCACUCACUCUAUAACUCUCCCACUCACUCCUUCUCAUCACACCAUUUCAGUACCACCAUCGCCGUCGUCAAUGGCGAGCACCACCGAGCCGGAGCUCCACCGUGACGGCGAUGAAAACGCCCCGGCGGAGGAUGAGGACACCGGAGCUCAAGUUGCUCCGAUUGUGAAGCUCGAAGAGGUGGCCGUCACCACUGGCGAGGAGGACGAAGAUCCCAUCCUCGAUCUGAAAGCGAAGCUGUAUCGGUUCGACAAGGAAGGGAAUCAGUGGAAGGAACGUGGCGGUGGGAAUGUGAAACUGUUGAAACACAAGGUUACCGGAAAGGUCAGGCUCCUCAUGCGCCAAUCCAGGACACUUAAGAUCUGCGCAAAUCAUCUCGUUCAUGGCAGUUUGACAGUACAGGAGCAUUCUGGGAAUGAGAAAUCUUGUGUGUGGCAUGCUUCUGAUUUUGCAGAUGGAGAAUUGAAGGAUGAGCUGUUCUGUAUUAGGUUUCCCUCUGUUGAGAACUGUAAGACCUUCAUGACAACUAUGCAAGAGGUGGCUGAAUCACAAGGAGAGGAGGAAGAGGAAAACAAAGAUGCUUCAGAUACUGCCGCUAUCCUUGCGAAACUAACUGUUGGUGAGGAAAAAUCAGUGGAGAAAGAGCCAGAAAAGGUCACCAAAACCGAAAAGAUUACUGUUGGUGAGGAUAAGUCAGAGGAGAAAAAGCCAGAAGAGGUCACAAACACGCACGAGAAAGAUGAACAGGGUGUAGUAUAAGAAAAGCCAAGCCUGAGGAUCAGAAGAUGAAUCAGCUCCACCAGCAUAGUAUUUAAUGUGCCUGGUGAAUGAAUGAUAUGUUCUCUUAUAGGUUGCUUUUUUUUCUAUAAGAUUGGUAAACUUGACUGAACCUCAGGAUGUGGAAUUUUGGCUGGUAUGAAGAUUUGAUUCUAUCAGUUUUGAGUCCUCUUUUUGUACUGGUUUGCAAGCAUGCUUGGAUGGUUUUGUGAUUGUGGGUUUUCAUUUUUCUCAUGUUUUAUUCAAUUGAGUUUAGUAUUUCCUUUCAAAAGAAGAUUUUUCUUAUUUUUUUAGGGCAAUUAUACAGCUGGGAUUAGUGUUUAAUGUUUUGGAUAUGUCGGUUUUGUUGUGCCUUGUCAUUUUUUUUUUAAAUGAUUACUAAGGAGUCGCCGUUUUGUUUCGUUA